UCCUACUGGAUGUUUGCACACCUUUUUCCACAGCCUUCAUUCCGUAAAGAAGAAAUUAAAAAAAGGGCUGUCCACGAGCUACUUUUCUUUAUGUCUGUUUGCCGCUUUAUUUGACAUUUCUUUGGGCAUACAUCCGAUUUAUUGGGUUGCAAGGGAGAGCGCAUUAUUUCUGGAUAACUCCCCAUCUGCGUCUCAAGUUAAACGCUGCGUCUCUCUCGACGACGGGUCGCGUUUUAACACGCGUCCGUCUCCUUUUCCAAAAAGUUGUGCAGCUCUAUGCGUGAUAAGUGCGGUGUUGUGCAGCACCAGGACCGCGGACCCGCGCGGCGUGGCUCCGCGUCGCGUCCACACCGAUCCCCCAGAGGGAGAAGAGCAGGUGAACCCGCUCCAGUGUGCGCGUCUGUCUGCAAAAGACGCCUGCUGCGUUGCGUCGCCACCGUCAGCGGUGAACGGCGAGACUUCUUGGGAGGAAACAACCGGGGGACCAAGUCUUGAGCUGUGCACCGUACGUCAGGGGGUUGUGAACCAGAUGCAUCGACAUGGGUCCCUGGCUGCCUGAUGAGCGGUUGGCACACCUCCCCUUCCCCCUGCUCCUCCUCCUCCUGCAAGCCCCCCUGCUGCUGUGCUUCGGGGAGCGCACCUGUCCCAACAGCUGUCGCUGCGAGGGGAAGAUAGUCCACUGCGACUCGGCCGGCUUCCUGGACGUGCCGGAGAACAUCACCGUGGGCUGCCAGGGCCUCUCCCUGCGCUACAACGAGCUGCACACCCUGCUGCCCUACCAGUUCGCCCACCUCAACCAGCUCCUCUGGAUCUACCUGGACCACAACCACAUCUCCGCCCUGGACAGCCGCGCCUUCCAGGGGGUGCGGCGUCUCAAAGAGCUCAUCCUGAGCUCCAACCGGAUAACCUCGCUGCACAACGCCACCUUCCACGGGAUCCCCAACCUGCGCAGCCUGGACCUGUCCUACAACAAGCUGGAGGUGCUGCAGCCGGGGCAGUUCCACGGCAUGCGGAAGCUGCAGAACCUCCACCUGCGCUCCAACGGCCUCACCAACAUCCCCAUCCGGGCCUUCCUGGAGUGCCGGAGUCUGGAGUUUCUGGAUCUGAGCUACAACCGCAUCAAGGCGCUGACGCGGACCACCUUCCUGGGACUGCAGAGGCUGAUGGAGCUACAUCUGGAGCACAACCAGUUCUCCCGGAUCAACUUCUUCCUCUUCCCUCGGCUGGCCAACCUGCGAUCGCUCUACCUGCAGUGGAACCGCAUCCGGGUGGUGAACCAGGGCCUCCCGUGGACCUGGUACACCCUGCAGAAGCUGGACCUCUCCGGUAACGAGAUCCAGACCCUGGAUCCGGCCGUGUUCCACUGCCUGCCCAACCUGCAGAUCCUCAACCUUGAAUCCAACAAGCUGUCCAAUGUGUCCCAGGAGGCAGUCUCGGCAUGGAUCUCGCUGACGGCCAUCAGCUUGGCGGGGAACAUGUGGGACUGCGGGGCUGGCAUCUGCCCCCUGGUGGCCUGGCUGAGGAACUUCAGGGGGAACAAGGACACCACGAUGAUAUGCAGCAGUCCGAAGACCCUGCAGGGAGAGAAGAUCAUGGAGGCCACGCGCAGCCACGGCAUCUGCGAGGAGAGCGACUACUACCAAACGGAGACGCCGUCCCCCACGCUGGAGCUCCUGUCGGAGACCGUCUCCGACGCCAUGUUCGCCCUGACCAGCGCCUCCACGCCACUGCACACCACCACGGUCGCCGCGCCCGUAACCCAACCCCCAUCUAGACCGGAGCCCGUCCCCUACCCCGUCCCCUACCCCAUCUUUCCCGGUCACGUGAGCAAGGGUCCUCGAGAACGCCUCCUGCCCCGCGGACGCCCCACUCCCCCCAUCCGGCUCGCCACGCCUCCGCCCCCGCCGCCGCCGCCGCCGCACCCCCCGGAGACGCACAUGACUCUGCACAAGGUGGUGGUGGGCAGCGUGGCCAUGUUCUUCACCCUGUCACUCGUGAUGACCAUCAUCUACGUGCUGUGGCGCCGCUACCCGGAGGCGCCGCGCCAGCUGCUGCACCAGCAGCGCUCCAUGGUGACGCGCAAGCACCGCAAGAAGAGCCCCGAGCCGGAGCAGAACCUCAGCUCCCAGCUGCAGGAGUACUACAUGAGCUACAACCCGGCCGCCACGCCCGAGGCGUUGGAGGUGAUGGGCAACGGCUCCGGAUCCUGCACUUGCACAAUCUCUGGUUCCAGGGAGUGCGAGAACGAGUACACCUGCCCACGCCCGCUGCCUGGCUCAUGGAUGGGAGAUGUGCCUUCCCUGAUCCACUAACCAGACGAGGAACAGACGUUCCUGAUGGGACAGGGCGGGGAGGACCGGGCGACACACGGGCAGCGCACCAGGAUUCCCUGGAUCCACCAUCUGCCCCUUUUUCACAGGAACACAAAACCAGAAGGACACACUUGUGUGAAUAACUGCGCACCUCUAAGGAUAAGCCAGCGACCAUAAGGACCGUUAAAAAAUAAACAAAAAAGGGUUUCUCGUCUCACAUUUUCGCCCUAGUUCUGUGGAUCUCUGAUGUUGUUUCCCAAGUGUCGGUCGUUAUCGCAAAACACACCGCCUCCGUGACGAAGUAAUGGCAGAAACCAAUAGAAAAUAAGGUAGACUAGAAUAGCGCAAGACCAGGGGGUUCUGGGUGCAAUCGACGAACACUCUGUCGCACACACUUCGGGCUAAGGACGAAGGUGACAUCUGUGUUUUGUUUGUCAUAAAACCGGUAGCUCGGGUGGCUUUGUUUAACCGCAAACGUUAACGAGGCCGUAAUUGGCGCCAAUGAAUCACGGAUGAGUACGUGGCUCCAAUAAAGUCGAGCGCAAUUAAGAAAAAAACAGAGUUGACACAUUUUAAUUCCCCGGGAGGAGUUAUCCUUUCCCUCCCUCUCCCACCUCAUCUAUUUUGUAACGGAGGAGGACACAUCGAAGGGCACAGAGGCGGUUAACGUCACCCUGUGUAACUUCCGAGGAGCUACGUUUUUUCCCGAAGGAAUUGAGUUCAUAAGCUGGAGGAUCAGCGAGGUCUGAGAAACAAUCGUCUGAAGAUCACAAAGACAUUGCACCGGAAGGAGGACGCAUAUUCUGUUGUUACGUCAAACAUCUACUACCUAUCUUGAGUUGGAACGGGGGAA